AUGACCAGCUAUAUGAUUUUUAAUUUGAUUUUAGCUAGUGCCUUUUAUAAGAAAAGGUCGCGUCGUUAUCCAGGACAUCCAAGAACACAAGACUUCGAAAUCCCCGAGUUUUAUGGUACAAACAAUCGUGGAGAAAAUUUCGUGUUUCCAAAUAUUGAUGUGAAAUGUUGUUGGUACCAUUUUGUUCAAGCGUUAUGGCGUAAAAUCCAGAAAAUUGGACUUACAUCUUCAUAUGAAACAGAUCCAUUAGUUAAUACGUGGCUAAAACAAUUUAUGGCAUUGCCACUGAUUUUAAAAGGAUUAAUAAAUGAUAGUUUACAAAUAUUAAAAGAUACAGUUCCUUCAAAUGAUACUAAAUAUAUUAAAUUCUUGAAAUAUUUUGAGAAAGAAUAUAUUAAUCGUACAUCUGUGGAAUUGUGGCAUCAUGGAAAUAAUGACAUGAAAACAAAUAAUUCUCUUGAAGAAUCUAUUGAUUUAAAAGAAUAUUUGAAAUCUGCUUCAUUCAUGGUUGGUAAAAUUAGAGGACAAAAUAUAACGGCAAUUAAUGCUGAUCAAACAGUUCAAGAUGGAUAUUUACUCGAUGAUAAGGAUGAAGAUGAUUAA